CAAGUGUUUACGGCGAUAGAGGAGGGCAAUGCCGCCUUUGUUGCACAACUGUUGGACAAGGGAGCGCCCAUGAACUUCGAAUUGUUUGCCAAAACAACCCGAGAGAAACAGUACGACGGCCUUCAAGUAUUCCUUGAUCAUGGCUGGGAUAUCAACGCAGAAUCCAUUCUUGAUAGCAAAGUGCCAUCGGCGCUUAUCUAUACCUUCGAUGACCCAGAUCUUGCGACAUGGUUCUUGAAACACGGCGCUGACCCUAAUAAACGUUGCCAGCUACGGGAUGCCACACCUUUAUCCUACGCUAUCUUCAAGGCCCCAUUCGAGAUUAUUGAGCUUUUUUUCCAGUACGGAGGAUCGACUGAACAUGGCCAGUUACUGCACUACGCUUCGAUGCGACUCGAUGCAAACGGGCUCGAGAUCCCGAAAUACCUGCUCAGCAAAAGUCGGCGGGUCAUGGAUAGUGUCAAUCGACUUCUUGAUGAAGGCUAUCUGGAAUAUACAAUGGAUUUUAGGUUUGGACUCUGUACGCCUGUUCAGUAUGCUGCACGGGCUGGCUCACUAGCGUCCGUGAGAUUUUUGGUCGAGCAUGGAGCAGACCCGUGGCGUUUGGAUCCCUACAAGCGAACUGCGUUGAGCUAUGCAGUUCGCUAUCACCAUGAACCGAUAGAGUACUAUUUGAAGGAUCUCCAGAACCAGUUUAUGUAGCUGGGUGGUC